GGGUGCAGGCAGACGGAAGUGACGUACUCGAGCGGCAGCCUCUUCCGCUCUCUUUUCGUCGAGGCUCAGCUAGCAGCCGGCCUGCAAACAUGCAGAUCUUCGUGAAGACGUUGACAGGGAAGACCAUCACCCUUGAGGUUGAGCCCAGCGACACUAUCGAAAAUGUCAAGGCAAAGAUCCAGGACAAGGAAGGAAUUCCCCCUGAUCAGCAGCGUCUGAUCUUCGCUGGCAAACAGCUGGAGGAUGGACGCACGCUGUCUGAUUACAACAUCCAGAAAGAAUCCACUCUUCAUCUGGUUCUGCGUCUGCGUGGUGGCAUCAUCGAGCCUUCACUCAGACAGCUGGCCCAGAAAUACAACUGCGACAAGAUGAUCUGCCGCAAGUGCUAUGCCCGUCUGCACCCCCGUGCUGUCAACUGCCGCAAGAAGAAGUGUGGGCACACCAACAACCUUCGCCCCAAGAAGAAGCUGAAGUAGACAUUUUGACUUAAUCGGCUCUCAAAGCCAUUUUGUGUUAAAAUAAAUGUGAGAAAAUGA